GUGACAGUUGAUGACAGCUGAGAUCCACACUGUAAACCUCCGAGUACAAAAACAAUAAUAGAUGUAUAACAGAGUUAGGAUCUUAUCGGACUUAUGGAUGCUUUAAGGUGAUCAAAAUGAACGUCGAAAUAGAAGAAAACAUAAGGAAGAACGUGCCCUGGGCACAGUUACCUACUCACGUGAAGCAGAUGCUUGGCAACAAUACCAAGAGCUACAAUAGCAUGGUUCUAUCUUUUAGCAUCAAAAAUCAGCUUAGGUACAAGGGAAACUUAGUGAGACACAUCUGCAAGGAUGAGAAGAAAUAUUAUGAACAGAUUAUUGCAUUCAGUAGGGAGAGACUUAUGCUCUUCCCUUAUCAUUUGGCUGAUAUGAUUGUGAAGGGCCUCAGGAUUACACCAUUUAACUACUAUGUUUCUGUUGUUGAGAAACUGAUGCAAGCUGAGAAGAGCUAUGACACUCUUCCUAAUUUUACAGCUGCAGAUUGUUUAAGAUUAUUGGGGAUUGGAAGAAAUGAGUAUAUUGAAUUGAUGAAUAGGUCUAGAUCGAAUAGGGGAAAGUUGUUUGGUAGGAAAAAUGUCAGAGGAUUGCUUCCACCAAUACCCUGUGAUGUACAUGUUGAACCUUGGUGGAGAGUGGAAGUUGGAAUGGUGUUAGAAGAAGAUAUCAAGAUGGUCAAUGAUGAGGAAUUGAAAGUUAUUGAUUCACUUAUAGACUAUGGAUCACAGACUGCAGGAGAAUUAAAUUACUAUAUAGUUUUAAGUCUAUACAAGAAAGGUUUAAUUUAUAUUGAUGUUCCAAUUACGGCUAUGGAUAGAGUGCAAGUUCCUCCUUUGCAGGGAUUUGUCAUGAAUCGUGUUCUCGGUGAUUAUUUCGAAACUUUACUCUACAAGAUUUUCGUGUCUAUCGAUGAACAUACUACAGUUGGCGAAUUGGCCGGUGUUUUGCAAGUGGAAACUGAGCUGGUAAAGCAAGCCGUCUCAUUGUAUUGUCGACUAAGAUUCGCACGUAAAUUUGAUGCAGAAAUGGAACAAAGCAGAAUGAAGCGACAUCCUUCAUGGACAAACCAACCAUCUCCAAAUGUUCAGAAUGUUGAUAUAACACCUCUAACACUUGAGUUGGGUUCGAACGUUAACAUGAUUGAUGUUGAGUUGCAAUCGCCUCAGAGCGACACCCCAGACAGUCCUGCCAGCACUCUGUCGAAGAGCGGACAGAGGGUUGCAUUCCUGUUUGAUUCCACAUUAACUGCAUUCUUAAUGAUGGGUAAUUUAUCGCCGGGAUUAAAGAAACAUGCAGUAACCAUGUUUGAAGUUGGGAAGUUGUGCGAUGAGAGCAUGGAUAGUUUUUUGUCGGAAUUGGAGAAGGUGUCAGUUUUGGAUGCUGAGGGCGAAGGCGAAGCUCGACGGUACUUCGAGCAUGCCGUCUUGCUAAGAUCUACUGUUUUAGCUUUGAGGAAACUCCCGGGUCCAGGAUUGGAUCUUGUUCGAUUAGAGAGUCUUCACUCGCUCGACGAAGCUACAUGUUUGCGACUAUUGAAGAAGAAAUACAAGCUUUUAGUUUCCAUGGCACCAUUAAGCAAGGAAGUACGGACUAUAUACGGUUUGGAUCCACCGCACCUAGGUCCGUCUGUACCAGAGGUGAACUCGUUAUGGUUAAAAAUGUACAUAUACCAUAUGACGGGUUAUGGACCUCCAACAUUGCUACUAGUCAAAGGAACUGUAUUGAAGCAAUUACCUAGAAUAUUUUUGGGAUUCUCCAGGUUAUUGGUAACUGCUUGGAUGCACGAACCCGCCAUUAUUCCAAUAUCAAACUUCCAUCAUGUUAAUUCCGCCCUGCAGCAUUCCCCAGUCCUCGUGCAAGCCUACGGCGUUCUCGAUCCUGCCAAAACGUGCAUCGUGCCAUUCCCUAUUACUGCGGAUCUGAAAACCAAAGGUGAAUUAAACAUCAUCAUUAAACCGAACCAUCAAGCCAUUAAGAACCUAAAGAAAGUCGUUGAUAUCGAUCAUAAUUGCGGAUAUUUAACGUUCGUGGACAUUGGCGUUCCGGACUUUGGGUGCCAAAAUUUUGAUCCUCAGGUAAGGCUCGGUAGGGUCAACAAGCAAUCCAAGAGCGAGGUGAAAUUGGUCGACGAAAACAAAUCGGAGCAAUCUUCUGAAAAUACGGAGGAUCUUGUUAAGGAUGAGGCUGCUUUACGAUCGCCGGAUGAAAAUCAUUUCGCAUUGACGCCGGUUACGAACAGUGCGAGGUCUUCACCGGCUAAUGGCUUCACCAGUCAGGAUUGCAAGGACAUAUUGUGCCAGGAAUUAGAUCAGUUAGAGGAAAAUGCGAAAUUGAUCGAACACGAGAAUUUGCAACUGAAACUGGAUAGCGUAUAUUCCUUCGACACACUAUUGACGCCUAUUGAUGAAAACAUAAACAUGUUCUCAAGAAACAAUGACAGUUUGAGUAAAGAGAUUGAAGAAGCUGUAAGCUCCUGCGACAAAGACAAUAAAGAGACUUGGACGUUACUUGAUUGCCAUUUUGGAAUUCCCUUAUUCGAUAUCGAUGCGAAUACAAAAAUCUGUGAUAGCAUAAUCUACGGGGGCCUAUCCGAAACUGAAAGUUUGAAAGCGUUGACGGAGAACAGCCGGAAACUGGGAACAUCACUGCUUGAAUUCAUAUCACAAUGUCAAUAUUAUCCGGGCGAGAAGAUGGGUAUAAUGAAACGCGGCCGUUUAAUACCGUUACCCAAACACAAUUUGGUUUUCGAUAAUGGCAGAGUAAGCGAAUGGUUCGGAAAGUAGGAAAUCACUUAUUUCCCCACUUACAUAAUUUAAUGUAUUCAUAUGAUUAUUUUAUCUUAUUUUUUUUUUUCGUGUUUAUCCUUCUCUGUGUUUCUGUUAAGUUUUUAAUAUUUUAUGAACCCAGCGCCGUUAGUCUACUAGGAAUAGGGUCUUAAUGCCAAAUAGUGUACAUAUUUGGACCAAUUUUUAAAAGCGCUCAAAAACAUCUCCUUUGUCCCUUAUCACAUUAUUUCACAGUAUUAAUUGUACUUAACCUCAUUCCAAUGUACAUUUUAAAAAUAUA